UCGUUGUUAUUCCACAGUAUCCUUGCUUUGUGUUGAACAUGGGUGGAAGUCUCUUUCAACAUUUUCUUGGUACUUUUCUGCUUUUGCUGUGUUUCAAAGCUGGGUUGGGAUCCAGUUUCAUGCUGGGUGAUGCUAAAGUGGGGUGCAUGGAGAGGGAGAGGCAAACUCUCCUUCACUUCAAACAAGGUGUUGUUGAUCAUUUUGGAACGCUUUCUUCCUGGGGUAAUGGGGAAGACGAAACAGAUUGUUGCAAAUGGAGAGGAGUGGAGUGUGACAACCAGACGGGUCAUGUGAUCAUGCUUGAUCUUCAUGGAACGGGUCAAGAUGGAAUGGGUGAUUUCCAAAUUUUGGGAGGUAGAAUAUCUCAGCUUGGUCCUUCAUUGUCAGAGUUGCAGCACUUGAAGCAUUUGAACCUUAGCUUCAACCUGUUUGAAGGAGUUCUUCCCACUCAACUCGGAAAUCUUUCCAACUUGCAAUCCCUUGAUCUCAGUGAUAAUUUUGAAAUGAGCUGUGAGAACCUUGAGUGGCUUUCUCACCUUCCUUCGUUAACACACCUUGACUUGAGUGGGGUUGAUCUUAGUAAAGCAAUCCAUUGGCCACAAGCAAUUAAUAAAAUGUCUUCUUCCCUAACUGAGUUAUACUUGAGCUUUACUAAGCUUCCUUGGAUUAUUCCAACAAUAUCCAUUUCCCAUACUAAUUCUUCUACUUCUCUUGCUGUGCUUGAUCUCUCCUUGAAUGGUCUCACUUCUUCAAUAAACCCAUGGUUGUUCUACUUUAGUAGCAGCCUUGUUCAUCUUGACCUCUUUGGUAAUGAUCUAAAUGGUUCAAUUCUAGAUGCUCUUGGAAACAUGACCAAUCUGGCAUAUCUCGAUCUCUCUUUGAAUCAACUUGAAGGUGAGAUUCCAAAGUCCUUUAGUAUCAGCCUUGCUCAUUUGGAUCUUUCUUGGAACCAGCUGCAUGGUUCAAUUCCGGAUGCUUUUGGAAACAUGACUACUCUUGCAUAUCUUGACCUGUCUUCUAAUCAUCUAAAUGGAUCAAUUCCGGAUGCUUUGGGAAACAUGACUGCUCUGGCACAUCUUUAUCUCUCUGCGAAUCAACUUGAAGGUGAGAUUCCGAAAUCCUUGAGAGAUUUAUGUAAUUUACAAAUAUUAUUAUUGUCUCAGAACAAUCUCUCUGGACCGCUGGAAAAAGAUUUUCUGGCCUGCUCCAAUAACACAUUAGAGAGUUUAUAUUUAUCUGAAAAUCAAUUCAAAGGGUCAUUUCCCGAUCUUUCUGGAUUUUCACAGUUGAGAGAAUUAUAUCUUGGAUUCAAUCAACUAAAUGGAACUUUACCUGAAAGUAUUGGACAACUAGCUCAACUUCAAGGGUUGAACAUUCGUUCAAAUUCCUUGCAAGGAACUGUGUCGGAAAAUCACCUUUUUGGUCUCUCCAAACUGUGGAAUUUGGACUUGUCAUUCAACUCCCUAACAGUCAACAUAAGCCUUGAGCAAGUUCCCCAGUUUCAAGCCCAAGAAAUAAAGUUGGCCUCUUGCAAAUUAGGCCCGCGUUUUCCUGAUUGGCUUCAAACUCAAAAACGUUUGCAGGAACUUGAUAUCUCUGCUUCUGGAAUUUCAGAUGUCAUUCCCAAUUGGUUUUGGAAUUUAACUUCAAAUUUAGUUUGGUUAAACAUUUCCAACAAUCACAUCUCAGGCACUUUGCCCAAUUUACAAGCAACUCCUUCUUUGGGAAUGGAUAUGAGUUCAAAUUGCUUGAAAGGUUCGAUACCACAAUCUGUUUUCAAUGGUCAGUGGUUGGAUCUCUCUAAGAACAUGUUUUCAGGCUCAGUUUCUUUAUCGUGUGGGACUACUAAUCAGUCUAGUUGGGGUUUGCUCCAUGUUGAUCUCUCAAAUAAUCAACUAUCAGGAGAACUACCCAAAUGUUGGGAGCAGUGGAAAUAUUUAAUUGUUCUUAAUUUGGCAAAUAAUAAUUUUUCUGGGAAAAUUAAAAAUUCGAUUGGCAUGUUAUAUCAGAUGCAAACAUUGCAUUUACGUAAUAAUAGUUUAACUGGAGCACUGCCUUUGUCCUUAAAGAAUUGCAGAGAUUUGCGUCUUAUAGAUUUGGGAAAAAAUAAAUUGUCAGGAAAAAUGCCCGCAUGGAUAGGAGGAAGCCUAUCAGAUUUGAUCGUUGUCAACCUAAGAUCCAAUGAAUUUAAUGGAAGCAUACCUUUAAAUCUUUGUCAAUUGAAAAAGGUUCAAAUGUUGGACCUUUCAAGCAACAAUCUAUCUGGAAUUAUACCAAAAUGUCUCAACAAUUUAACUGCCAUGGGUCAAAAUGGGAGUUUGGUCAUUGCUUAUGAAGAAAGAUUGUUUGUUUUUGAUUCAUCAAUAUCCUAUAUUGACAAUACAGUGGUUCAAUGGAAAGGAAAAGAACUAGAGUAUAAGAAAACUCUUGGACUUGUAAAGAGCAUUGAUUUUUCGAAUAACAAGUUAAAUGGAGAAAUUCCGAUAGAAGUAACUGAUUUGGUAGAAUUGGUGUCAUUGAACUUAUCAAGAAACAAUUUGAUUGGAUCUAUCCCUUUGAUGAUUGGUCAAUUGAAAUCAUUGGAUUUUCUUGAUCUAUCACAAAAUCAGCUUCAUGGUGGAAUCCCUGUCAGUCUUUCUCAAAUAGCAGGUCUAAGUGUUUUAGACCUAUCAGAUAACAUCCUAUCAGGUAAAAUUCCAUCAGGCACUCAAUUGCAAAGUUUUAAUGCUUCCACAUACGAUGGAAAUCCAGGACUUUGUGGGCCACCACUUUUGAAAAAAUGUCAAGAAGACGAAACUAAGGAAGUCUCCUUCACUAGUCUUAUUAAUGAAAAGGAUAUUCAAGAUGAUACAAAUGAUAUAUGGUUUUAUGGAAAUAUUGUUCUUGGAUUCAUCAUUGGAUUUUGGGGAGUUUGCGGCACUUUAUUACUCAACCGUUCAUGGAGAUAUUUCUAUUUCCAGACCUUGAACAAGAUAAAAGACUGGUUGCACAUGACAACAACAACAAAUAUAAAUAGACUACGGAGGAGUUUCUAAAGCUAAAUGAACUUCAAUUGGGUAGCAUGUCAAGGAUGAGCAGGUGAUACAUGCUUGUGAGUAAUGGGUUUACUCGGUGUGGGACAGCCUGAAUGUAAGAGCAUUUGUGUCUAUUGCACUUGUCAUCUUAUAAAUAACUUUGACAUGUAUUAAGUUUGUUUAUUUUAUAGUUGGUGUGGCUUAAGUUUCUUAUGUAAUGCUCUGUUAAAACCUUUUCAAGUAUAUUAUUUUCAUUAUAUCAUAUGUAAGUCUUGGUAUUUUGGUGCUCUAUAAUUGAU